ACGGGAUUUAUCGAUUAUCACCCUCACGCUUGCUAAAACAAAACAAGAACUUGAAAAAUCUGUGUUGUACUGAAAUAGCUGUUCAGAUAUGAGCGAAAACGGGGAAGUAGGCCUAUCGUCACGGUCUCCUUCGCACCAUGGAUCACCAUUAAAAUCAGAUCAUGGUUCACCGGAUCGUUCCAAGAGUAGGUCAAGGUCUGCAUCCAGGUCAAGGUCAAGGUCAGGCAGAAACUCAGAAUCACACAAAAGGAAACACUCUUAUUCCAGGUCUCCAAGUCGAAAAUCCAGAAAUUCUAGAAGUCCAUACAAAUCAACAUCACGGCAUUCACGCAGUCGCAGUCGAGACAAAGGUCAUCGAAGACGUCGUAGCCGAAGUCGCUCGCCCAUGUCUUCAAGAAAAAGACACCCUGGAAAUCGGGAUGACCCGGAGCCUUCCAAAUGUCUCGGGGUGUUUGGUCUAAGCUUGUACACACAGGAGCGUGAUUUACGUGAGGUGUUCGGCCGGUACGGGGAACUUGACGAAUGUAACAUUGUCUAUGAUAGACAGAGUGGCAGAUCGCGAGGAUUUGCAUUCAUAUACUUCAGGACUGUUGAUGACUCCAUUGAGGCGAAGGACAGAUGCACGGGACUUGAGAUUGACGGGCGACGUAUCAGGGUAGACUACUCUAUUACAAAGAGAGCCCACACGCCUACCCCCGGAAUUUACCUAGGCAAACCCACUGAAAAUGCAGCUAGAGGGCACAGGCGUUCGUCCCCCAAGACUGGAAAAGUGCCCUGGGGCCGCCGUGAGAGGUUUGAUGAUCGGCAUGAGCGACAUGAGCGUUAUGAUGACAGGCGACGUGAUCGUUACGAGGAUCGGUUCGAAGAUCGAGGUUACUAUGGGGGAGGUGGUGGUGGUGGUGGUGGGGGAGAUCGUGGCUACUAUGGUCGCAGGAGAAGUCCGUCCCCUUACUAUGGGCGCAGUCGCCGAUACUCCUACUCACGCUCUCGAUCUAGGUCAUACAGUCCGCGACGUUAUUACUGAGUAAGAGGACAGGUAGAUAGCGGCUACACGCCUGAACAACCAUCAUUCAUUCUGUGGACGUUGUCGUCAUUGACUUCAUCAUCAUUCAUCAUUGUUAUUCAUUGAUUUUUAUCAUCUACAGUUGAUGUGCAGAAACUGUUCAUCAUUUCAUUAUCAUUCUUUUUUUUCUGACCAAUUAUCUUUGAAAUUUAUUUUACCUAGUUCUAUAGUUUUUAAGAAUUUUUUUUCAAUUAUGUGUCAUAAGAACUAAUUUCUGUCUUUUUUUAUUCAUUUUUAACUUUCAUGUUUUUGAAGAAACAAAAGCCAAGUAUUGUCAUAGCCUAUGUUUUGAAGUCAGCAGCUGCCUGCAAGCACUGACCUUUGUCUUAACUCAAAAACUGCUCAUGAAAUUGAAAUAAAACUUGUCAGAUAUGUCGCCAGUGCACAUGUAUGGCAAUAUAAAUAUUGAGAUGAAAAGGCUGUUAUUUAAUUUAUAGAAAAAAACAGUUCAGCGUAAACGUUCUUUCUGAAGCACAUUUUUUAUUGCCCUCAUUGUAAACUGGGGACUACAUAACUUGCUGGUAAAUUAUGAUCUGAGUUACUAGUUUCGAACAAAAGCUGGUUGAUUACUGUAAGAUCAGCAUUGUUGAACCAUGUUUGAUGACAUUUUUGUUAAAAGCUUUUAUUGUUCAUAAAAUGUUCAUGUAAUUAAAAUGAUUAUAUUUAACAUUUGUGAAAAAUGGACCAAAUAUAUAGAAGACAAAGUAGUUAUACAGAAUAUUUCCAACUGAAUUUCAUGGGGCUUUUACCACUCUUUAUUUCAUAUAAUUAAGCAUUUAGCUUUGAAUUGACUGGUCACACUUUUCUGUCAUUAAAAUUAACUGAGGUUUUGUAUGAACUAUUUGCUAUUAAGAACAAAUUUAAUUGUAAUAGAGAUUUUAUCGAUUCAACUGGUUAAUAGUGAUUUUUUGUGGCAAUCUCUACAGGCAUAGGACUUGCAUUUGUGUUUCAAAACAAGCCUUAACAUUUACACAUCUAUUUGGUUUUGAAAAUUUAUGGAUAAGUUUUAUAUGUGGAAUUCAAAAUUAAUCAAGUCUGGCAAACAUUCACUCAUCAUCGUUUGGAUAAUGUUUACUUCUUUUGACCAUUUGAUUCUCUUUUCUUAAAAAAAAAGUUGGACAAAUCCUAAAAUGACUUGCGCAUUGUCAAAACAAUGCUAACAACAACAUAGGCAUUUCUAAACUGUAGCCAAGCCAGGGGAAAAUACAUCACUAUUAUCUGAGGUACCAUUUUAUGUUCAUCUGACUGUGGCGUUCAUUCAUCCAUUGUAUGCGAUUUCAUGAUCUAGUUGUUUAACAUAAUGAACUUAUUGCAAGCUUGUGUUAACCUGUCAAUUUUGUUUUUACAUGUACUAAAGCUUGAAGAAAGAAAUUGAAGAUAGAAGAUAGAAAAAUUGAAGUUGUCAGAGUUUUGUUAACGAAGAUAGAAGUGGGAAGAUAGGAUAGAAGCUAGCUAUCGAAAUAGGUGGUUUAUGCAGCUUCCACAUCUGUAAAAUCAUUAUAUUUUAUGGGCAGGGUUAAAGUCUCGAAAAUCUGAGUAUACCAGAUUUCAACCCUAAAAGCAAUGUAGUUAAAAUUAUCUCUGUAAUUUUGCUUAAAAAAUGUGGCCACUCGAAGGAAGCCAUUAACGGGUAAUCAUUAAAUUUUUAAAACAAACAAAAACUGUUGGAUUAGCUUAAUCUCUUUAUUAAUCUGAUAAGCCACUAAAAUGGAUUGAAGAUUGCUCGAGAAUUCAGUCCAAGAUCUUUAUAGGUGGAAAAGUAAAAUAAAAAAUAAAAUAAAAAAAAUAUUUGUAAAAUUAAGAGGGAUGUUUUAGGUUUGUUUCUAAAAAUAAAUAUUCUUCAAAAUUUUAUUUUGUAACCAUAGAAGUUGGUUGUCAAGGUACGGCAGCAACAUAAAAUUUAAUGAUUUUACAGAAUAUACUACAAAUUCAGGUUUAUUUUGGGCAAACUGUUGUUUGAUUGCUUAACAGUUUUAUUUCAUGAUUUAUAUAAAGGAACAAAAAUGACACAAAGUUAAAUAAAUUAAUUUAAUGUGCACUGAACUUGUUUUUGCAGUAUUUUACAAUUCAUGCAGGAAUGAGUGUGAAACUUCAUUUGUAGGAAGACUAAGAUUAUGGAACCUUAAUGUUUAAGUCUUUAAAAUGAAAUUUUCUGAAACAUUUCGUAAUAUAUUUUUCACAAAUUAAGGUAUGAUUUUAAAAUUGACUUAUCAGAAACAGGUUUUCUUUGAUUUCUAUCAUUUAAAACUGCAUGAAUUUAUGAUUAAAAACUUGAUUGAAAUAUUUAUUCUUUACAUUUAAAAGGCAUUGAAGUUAGAAGUGAGAGCUAGAAGUUUAAGAAGUAAGAAAACAGGGGGAUAUGAACAUGAAAACAGAAGGUUGACGUAAGAAACAGGGGGAAAUAAGUGAAAGUUCAAGUUGACGUUUGAAAAGGUCAGAAAUUGAAGGUGAAAAGUCCCAAAACCUUGAACAAAAGGGCUAGAAACGAAGAAAUUGUAUUGAAGUUUUGGAACGAUAUGGGGGUUGAAGAAAAGUAGUAGAAUUUGAAGAAUGAAAGUUGAAGAUCAUGGUUCUCUUAAAACAGGUAUUGUUUUGUUGUUACGGUAACUAGUAGUUGUAUGUUAUAUUGAAAUGUAAUUCAAGGGCUCACUGGAAGACAGAUGUAACUUCUUGUAUUUUAAUAUAAAGUUACUUCCAUUGUACACUGAGCCCUUGGUAUGUAAAAUGUUAAACAUAUUACUUGCAUCUAUUAUAUGCUUUUUGAUGGUUUCUUAUAUAAGUUGCUUUAGUGCUCUCUUCAUCACUAAACUGUAUGUUGUAUAAGAGCUAUUUGAUGCUUUAUAUACGAGUUCAGUAAAUUUCUUCUUUACAAUGGCUUUUCAGUGAACACGUCAACAGUAUUUUAAAAUGUAUUUGUGAUGUUUUGAUUUUUCAGAUAACCAUAAAAAUCUGUUUUGCUACAACACAUUUGUUGAACAAAGAAGUUGAACUCCUUUCCAGCAGAACUGUGCUAUCCUGUCAAAAAGUAUCUGUAUAAUGUACAUGUAUAAAAGGUUCUUAAUAUGUUAGUGAAUAUUAGAAGUAAUACAACUAUGUUCAUAUGAUUUUCAGGCCACUAUAACACAUACAGUCAGCCCGUGACACAAGACCCCUGGUGUAACCAAUCUGCUUACUCACAUUAUUCUCUGCGAUAUUGACAUGUACACACACACACACUCUUUCUGUAUCUUAUAUUGUACUUAGGUGUGGAGAAAUAAAGUGUUAGAAGUA